GCCCUCCCACGGUGCCAGAGCGGGCCCCGAAGAACCACGUCUCCCGCGAAGAGCUGCAGGCGCCAUUCCAGGAGCGGCAGGCCAGAGCUGGUGCCGAUGGGCCCAGCUCGUCGCGCCGGCACCCGGGGCCGGCGGAGCAGCCGGCCGGGCGGGUGCAGGACGCCCGGCAGCCCGACCGCUCCGACGAGGCGGCCAGGCCAAGGCCACACCACGGCCAGGGGCCCGACGUGCCGCCCAGCCAGAGGACGCCCACGCGGGGCCCCGCUGCCCCGCCGCCCGGCGGCGUGCCCGCCGUCGGGCCGCCGAGCUGCUGGGGUCCUGCGGUGGCGUACACGCCCGCCUUCGCGCCGCGCUCUCCGCCAGUGGACCGGCCGCUGUCGGAGAACUUCGAGAACUCGGGCUGGAAGG